CGGUGUCCGGGCUGCGUGGGUGCUCAGCACCCGCCGGAUGCGGGCCGUGGGUGCGGGUGCGGGUGCGGGGCGGGCCGGGGGCGUGUCGGGGCCGCCGAUAACAGCGGGCGCCGUGCCGGGGCCGCGGGACCAGACGGCGCAGGGAGCGGGACGAGCCAAGGACCCCCAUCCUGGGCAGCCGGGCGCCGGGGCAGCGGAAUGGGGUCCAGCAGCCUCCUGCGGCUCCUCUGCAUCGUCUCGGUGCUGGCCAGGUGCCCGCACCCUGCCACGGCCCAGUGGUUUUCCCUGGGAUCAGAGGACACCACCCCGGAUCCAGGCACCAGCCCCACGCCCCCCAGCCUGGAUGGGGAGGAAGACACAGACGGCAGCGUGGAGCCCGUGGGGAAGGUGCUGCUGAGCAAACCUCCUCUGGCAACAGCCCCUAAACGCCGGGACCAACUCUCCAGGGGGGCAGCGAAGGGGUCAGGCCGUGCCCCGCCACGGACACGAGGCCAGCACCGACCCACGGCCGCCCCGGAGGUCUUGGAGGGGAGCGCAGUGGAGGAGGAGUUCCUGCAGAUCCAGACCACGGCCAAGGGGCUGCCCCGGCGGCUCCCGGCGGCCCCGGAGAGGGACCCUGCCCUCCAGGUGCACAACACCUCCGGCUGCGUCUGCCCCGUGCGCCCCGGCCCUCCCGGCCCUCCCGGCCCAAAGGGAGAGAAAGGUGACCGAGGGUUCCCCGGCGAGAGAGGCCAGCCCGGAUUCUUAGGCGAGAGAGGGAAGUCCGGCAGCCCAGGACAGCCAGGUCACCAGGGUCCCCGGGGCCCUCCGGGUCCUCCGGGACCACCGGGGCCCCCGGGACCCCCGGGCGCCUGGGGAGCCCGGGGCUCACCCGCGCCUGCUGCACUCCCUAAGAGAUCGGAGAACGAGCUGGGAGUCUCAAGCCCUGCGGGAAACCCAGGACCCCCGGGUCCCCCCGGACUGCCCGGCAUGCCCGGACCCCCCGGCUACCCAGGCCACGAUGGCCCCCAGGGGGCCCCCGGGCGGGAGGGAAAGCCAGGGCCCCCAGGCCCUCCAGGAGCCGUGGGGCCACCUGGCUUCCCUGGGGCUGAAGGACUUCCAGGGUCUCCAGGCUCAGCUGGGCCAGAUGGAUCCCCAGGGGCACCCGGACUCCCAGGGCCUCAGGGUCCCCCCGGGGUGCCUGGGCACGAAGGACCCCCUGGUCCUCCAGGAUCUGCAUCACACCCUGGCAAACCAGGGCUCCGAGGGGAGCCAGGAUUCCCAGGACCAAAGGGUGAGAAGGGCGAGUACGGGCUGCCAGGCAUGCCAGGGAGCCCCGGCCGGACCGGAGAGCCGGGGUCCCCGGGCAUGCCCGGUCCCAUGGGGCCACCAGGACCACCAGGGGACUACCGGUGUGACUCACGCCACGCUGGACACCGUGGGUUGGCCGGGCUGCCGGGCCCCAAGGGAGAAAAGGGCGACCCCGGAGAGCCGGGGUGCUGCUAUGGGGAGCACGGGUGCAAACCAGGGCACCUCCCCUUCCCCAGCGCUGGCAGCCAGCCCGGCUCCUGGGGGUCCCUCAGCAGGUACCAGCCGGAUGGCAAAGAGGAACCAGACAUUUAUGGAGCAAUCAUCUCCCAUGGUCUUCGAGGUCCCCCCGGGAACCCCGGCCCCCCUGGGCCCCCCGGCCCCCCUGGCCCACCAGGUCUCCUCUACCUCAACAGGGUGCACCCCAUGCAUGCCCAGCCACCCUGCAAGCAGCCGGCACCUGCAGACCGCAGCUGGCCAUCAGUUCCCAUGGGAGCAUCCAGGCCCUCUGCUGGGACACCUUGUGACCCCCCACCAUCUUUGGGCUCUCCAGGUGCUGGAGUCCCCCAGGCAGAGCCAUCGGACUCCCGUGCUGACCUCCGGCGCCAGACGUGGGUUUUCAAGUCCAAGGAGCUGAUGGUGAAGGCGAGCAGUGCCGUGCCCGAGGGGAGCCUGGUCUAUGUGCAGGAAGGGAGCAACGCCUUCCUCCGGACCCCCGCUGGCUGGAGCCGCCUCCUGCUGGAGGAUCACAAGUCGUUCUUGGCUGGUGAUGACCCCUCUGCCUCCACCCCACAGUACCAGGAGGUGAAGAGGGUGCAGCCAAGAGGUCCCAACGCGCUGUCACCCGUGCAGUCUCCAACAGACUCACUGAUCCACAAGGAGGAGGAACAAGGGCUGCCCCAGAUGCUGCCAACCACCACGGCCCCACGGAUCCCAUCUCUCCGCCUGGCUGCCCUCAACGUGCCCCUCUGGGGUGACAUGAGCGGGAUCCGGGGCGCUGACCUGCAGUGCUACCGGCAGUCACAGGAGGCCGGGCUCUACGGAACCUUCCGGGCCUUCCUGUCAGCCCCCAGCCAGCACCUGGUGUCCAUCGUCAAGAGGACAGACAGGACCCUCCCCAUCAUCAACCUGAAGGGGCAGCUGCUGGCCAAGUCCUGGAGCUCCCUCUUUGGGGGUCAGUCCGGCGCUGCCCUGCGGGGUCCCGUCUACUCCUUCAACGGGCGCAACGUCCUGGCAGAUCCCCUCUGGCCCCACCGGCUGGCCUGGCACGGCUCCACGCCGCGGGGUGGCCAUGCUCGCCGGUGGGAUUGCCAGGGCUGGCGCAGCUCUGGCACGGCCCAGGGCAUGGCCAGUGCCCUGGGCGAGGGCGGGCCGCUGGCCGGCCAGCGCCACAACUGCUCCACACCGCUGGCCGUGCUCUGCGUCGAGGUGGCUUUUCCUUACCGGCACAUGUGGUGACAGCGGGGACAGCCGAGCGGGAGCUCCGGGCAUUCCUCCAGGCCUGUGUGGCUGGGGAAUGUCCCCGGCAGCGCCGAGGGGACACCGGGACCACAGCCAGGCUGUGCCAUCCCACAGACCGCCGUGCCACGGGGUGUGCCUGCAGCCUCCGACCCCCGCUGGGGCCAACAGGGUCACCAUCAGAAAUAAAGAUACAAAAAUGUU